GUGAUUUACAGGUUUCAAUUGAUGGGUUUUUAGUAGUGUUGAUUACGCUGUCGCUGAAAGAUCAGGGAUGAUAUUAAAUCAAGCUCCGAGGAGAUCCUCCAAUCGCUAAACUCAAUCAACGCCCGCCAAACUCCCAGCUCGCCAAACUCCAAUCUUUCUAAAGCGAUACUCAUCAUCAUCAUCCAACAUUCUCCCACGCGGUUGCUGAUCAUAUAGCGGAGUCCUGUCUAAUUGCCCUGGCGCACGAGGGACGGAAUUACAGUUUUGGAAAAGGAUAUGAGGGAGGAUGAGAUUGGGAAAGAUUGAAUGUCUUUGCAGGGGUGUGCGAGCGCGAGGACGGGUGGUGCAGGGUGGACGGAGGAGUGCUCUGCAGCGGAGUGAAUUCAGCAGGUUUUACAGCACGGAUGCGAAUGGGCGAGAAGAAGUGGAGAAGGAAGUGAAAGCAGAGCAUGACUCUGCAAACGCGGAGGAGGAAAUCGGGCCCAUGACCCGCCGCCUGCGCCAGCUAGCGGAAGAAGCGCCCCCCGUGCGCCACGACUCGACGUUCGGCAAAGAAGUUCCAGACGAGGAUUUCAUGUCUGAAGAAGAGAUUCGGGACUUGCAAGAACGGCUGUCGGCGCGGGUGUAUAAGGAGAAAAACGCGCAGUACAUUGCUGCGGCGAACCUGCCGGCGUCUGCGAGCAAGCAUACGCGCGACAUCGCGUACAGUAAGCCGUGGACCGGGACGGAGGCGCAGGAGGACGCGGUGCUGCGGAUGCUGGUUGAUGUUAAUAAACCGCUGCGGAUACCUGGCGGGGGCCGAGGAGGUGCGUACGGCGCGAGAUCUGGAGGGGGUGGUGGGUAUGCUGGGGGAGGAGGAGGAGCGAACGGGGGAACAGUGAUUCCGAUGCCGACGAUGGCCAAGGCGGUGCCUAAUUCCGUACGACUUUCGGAAGCGCGCGAGAAGUCGCUCGAGUACUCGCUUCAAAAGGUAUCCACCGACGGCAGCGGCAGCGGCAAGACGCCGACGGCGAAGAAGAAAGCGAGCACGAACCAGUUAGAAGAAGAUUCCGAGUUUCGAAAGAUAUACGCCGAGAGAUUUCGACCUCCGCGGGCGAUGCCGGGCACGUUGCAUGGACUGAGGGCGAUUGCGGACGAGAGAAUCGAGGAUGCGCGCGCGAGAGGGCAGUUUAAGAAUAUUCCGCGGGGCGGGAAACUUGAUAUGGACGCCAGGAUCUCGUCGCCGUUUUUGGAUACGACGGAGUUUUUUUUGAAUAGGAUUAUACAGAGGCAAGAUAUUCAACCGCCCUGGAUCGACAAGCAGGCUACAGUGCGGCAAGACAUUCGCCGGUUCCGCAUCGAGCUCCGCGAGCAAUGGAAGCGGCACGCGAUGCGCCUGAUCUCGACCGAACGCCCCAACUCUCUCGAGCAACAAAUGGAACUCGCGCAAAAAUACGCCGACGCAGAGCUUCUUGCGGCGCGCAAGCAAGGACUGCUCAAGUCCAAGCCGAAGGAUACGACGGAGGCGGUGGACGGGUUUAUCACUGCCGAGCGGCUGGCGGCGGUGGAGCUCGCGAGCGAGAUCUUGGUGGAGGAUAAGGUUGAGGUGGAUGAGUUUAGUAUCCAUGAGACUGAUCAUCCGCGGCUGUCGAAGAGGGAGUGGGAGGAAAUUGAAAAGUCGUAUCACGAGCUGUCGAUUAAGACGCUGAAUGAUAGUAUUCGGAGUUAUAACUUGAUGGCGCCGGCUCCAGCUAGACGAGCAUACCUCUCAAUCGACCGAGAGCGACAAAUGUGCUACGCAGAAGUCGCCCCGCUUCUAGCCGACGCGCUUCGCGACCGCGAGGAAGCUAUUCGGUCGGGCAGGAACUCGCUCAAGCGAGAUAGAACUGCGCCAGGGUCGGUGGUCACCGGGUUGUUUGGGGAUCAGGUUGUGGUUAUGGAGAAGAGGGGCGGGGAGUAUGGGUUCAAAGAGAUGUUUAAGGAUUGGUUUGGGAGGAAGAAGAGGUCUAGUGUUUAGAGUGUUGUACAUAUGGAGCUGGAAUAUGUUGAGGAAGUGUACUUGUAGUGUGUGAGCGUUAGCUGCAGUAGUGUGUUUACAAAUGGCCGAACUUUGAAGCCAGACUAAUCCUACACCUAGUUUUUCAGCUCUUUGAACUGAUACAGCAGCAUCCUGCACACACUUGAAUAUACACACUUGAAUAUGGACUCACUUCGCUCGCGCAUCAAAGGCUUGCUUGGACCUGUUCGUAUAGCU